UCAAAAGCGCAAGGAAACAAAGCGUUUUCAUCGGUAACAUGCUGUCUGCUACAGUGGAACCUCAUCCAACUUCCAACCAAACCCAACUUCUUUGAACCUGUGAUCGCAAUGAAAAUGAAACCCAAAUAAAAAGAGGAAAGGACUGGACCAAGAAAGAAUAAGAACUGAAAAUCGUGGCAAGCUUCUGAGAUCGUAAUGGUUCAAAAGUGAGAAGCCAUGGCCAGAGCUCUCGAAAGCAUAGGCUGUAACAGAGCUCCAAAGCCCUUCCUUAAAAAAUGCCGUAGAAAAUGUUCUAAGCCGGCAGAAGACGGCAGCUUGGCCUCUUCUGCCGCCGCAUCAACAAAUGGACCAACCACCACCCCUUCAUCUACUAUGCCUAAAAAACUCAGCCAUGUCUUCAUCUAUCUCUCUCUCUCCCUCUCUCUCUCUCUCUCUCACGUUCUGAAAUCCAAGAAUAAUCCAUGAAGCUCCUACUCCUUGGCAAUGGGUUGUGUUCAAGGCAAGCCCUUGUCUCCUAAAGAUGGUGAACGAGCAGGAGGAGGAGGAGGAGGAGGAGGAGGAGGCGGCUUGGGAAAACUAAAAUUGCAGAAUGGGUAUAUAGGUGCAGGCUACGUUCAUGGCCGACGGCCGCUGCUAGCGAAGAGAGAUUGUUUAGGGUUGCGUCAAAGAGCAGAGGCCGUAGAGGAGGGGAGAGCGGUAACAAGAGAAGGGGAACGUGGUGCCCUAAUGCAAGAACGGGGUGUCCUAACGCAACGGCUUAGCCCAAAGGUUGUACAUGGUAUCCUUGAUGAGGUUGCGGAUGGAUGGCCGCAAUGGCUCGUGGAGAAUGUGCCGAGAGAGGUUCUUGUCGGAUUGGUCCCGAAGAGUGCAGAGUCAUAUGAUAAGCUUGAUAAAAUAGGCCAGGGAACGUACAGCAACGUGUACAAGGCUCGUGAUCGAGUUACCAGAAAGAUUGUAGCACUGAAGAAAGUUCGUUUCGACACUUCGGAAUCAGAGAGUGUGCGAUUCAUGGCUCGUGAGAUCAUGAUACUACAAAAGCUUGAUCAUCCCAAUAUCAUCAAGCUCGAAGGGCUCGCCACUUCAAGAAUGCCAUACAGCCUCUACUUGGUCUUUGAUUUUAUGCAGUCUGAUCUUUCUAGAGUCAUCUCUCGGCCUGAUCAGAAACUCACAGAGCCACAAGUCAAGUGUUAUAUGCAGCAGCUUCUUUCUGGUUUGCAGCACUGCCAUGAAAGGGGUAUCUUGCACAGGGAUAUCAAGGGAUCAAACUUGCUAGUAGAUAAACACGGUGCUCUCAAGAUUGCAGACUUUGGGUUGGCAAAUUACUUUAAACCCAACCAAAAGGACCCCCUCACUAGCAGGGUUGUGACCCUCUGGUAUAGGGCUCCUGAAUUGCUUUUGGGGGCCACUGAUUAUGGUGUGGGGAUCGAUUUGUGGAGUGCAGGGUGUCUUUUGGCUGAGAUGUUCGUUGGGAGGCCUAUUAUGCCUGGGAGGAAUGAGGUGGAGCAGCUGCAUAAGAUAUUCAAGUUAUGUGGGUCACCGUCAGAUGAUUACUGGCGAAAGCUCAAGCUGUCAACAAGCUUCAGGCUUCAUCAGCCAUACAAAUCUAAUAUUAUAGAUGCAUUCAAAGACUUUCCUGCGUCGUCAUUGAGCCUCUUGACUAAGCUGCUGGCACUGGAUCCUACAGAACGUGGAACUGCAUCUACUGCACUCCAGAGUGAUUUCUUCAGUACAAGCCCAUUAGCAUGCGAUCUUUCAGGACUACCUAAUUUCUACAAAGAAGAAGAAAAUGAGCGGCUUCAAUUUAGUGCAAGAAAGAAGCACAGUAUUUCAAAAGCAAAGCGACAGUCUCGUAUGCAUCGUGAAAGUCGUGUGAAAAAGAUUCAAGUAACAAAUAAGAACACAACUGAUUCUGGUUCUUCAAGAGAGGACAAGGAGAAGAGUGCAGAGCCAAGUCUUAACCAUGAGACAGGGAGUAGCACAGGAAGCACUUCCUCUAUUGUGGUGCCCAGUACGCGUGAUAACACCCCACCAUCCCUAUCUCCAAUUGCUCUAUCUCAUCAUAAAAGACCCGUGAGUACAGAGGCCCAUCCACGGGCCUUUAGAAACAUAAAAAACAUGCCUCCUUCCUCUUCCACUGCUUUGGUCAUGAAUAAUGCUGCCACUGGCAUUGGUGGCAACAUGGUUAGGUCUGUGUCCACAUCCAACUUGAACACGACUGCAACUGGCAGCAACAUGUUUAAGUCUGCCUCUACAACCAACUUCCGUCCAUUGGAAGGCAAUAAACUUUAUUCCUUGAAUGAGAAAUGAGAAAUAGACUACUAAAGAAUUUGAGACUUUUGCAGAUGCACUAUAAAUUUAGUGUUUGUCA